AAUUGCCUUGCCUGGUAUAAAAUCUGUUUAACAAAAUCUUUACUGCAUUUGAUAGUGUUUUAUUUCUCCAAUCGACUUACCAAACAAAUAAAUAAUUUCUAAUAAUCAAGAUGUCUUUAAAAAAUGUAAAUGAACUCAUUUCGCCAGCAUUUACCGAAAAAACCAUUCACGAAAUUUUAAACAAAGGCGAAUUACAAACCAUAAAAAAAUUAAAAAUUGAUGUAGACCAGAAUAAACCAUCAAAAAAAGGAGAUUCGUAUUUAAGCAACAUUUGCAAGUUUUCCAUAAUAGCCAGUGGUGAAAAUGAAAAGGGAGAAAACGCAGAUGUAUCUUUGCCUGUUAUUGUAAAAUGUUUCCCAAAAAAUAUUGCCAGACAAAAGACCUUUCGAUCGAAAGAUUUCUUUAAAACAGAAAUUUAUUUUUAUCAACAGGUAUGGCCAGCUAUGAAAGAAUUUAAGUUAUCAAAAAUUGCUAAUGAAAAGGAUGAAAUCCCAUUAUGUUUAAGUAGUUAUUGCGAUGGCCAAAACGACUUUUUGGUCUUAGAAGAUUUGACCUGUCGAGGAUUCAAAGCUGCUGGCCGAAAUGAAAAUUUUAGCUUUGUAUCAAUCUGUGUAUUUUUAACCACACUGGCUAAAUUUCACGCGCUAUCCCUUGCGCUAAAACAAAACAACCCUGAAUUUGUAAAAAUAGCAAAGAGCUUGGAGGCAAGCGGUUUUUCUGAAAAAUUUCGGUCUUGGUAUGAGAAUUAUUUGUACAAAUCUAUAGGCCCUCAGUAUAUGAAAGCGGUUAAAGCUUUAUUACCAGAAAAAUAUUACGAAAAGUUGCAAAAACUGUUUACCGGAGAUUUUUUUGGAGACGCAUGUAAAGCAUGUAAAGUUGAUAACAAGUACUGUGUAAUUACUCAGGGAGACACUUGGUUGCCAAAUUUUCUUUUAAACUCAUCUGAAGGCAAACUAACGUGCAUUUUAAUUGAUUUUCAGCUUGCUAGGUACUCGACAUUCACGAACGACUUACUUCAUUUUCUAUACUGCUGCGUACCGAGCGAUAUGUUAUUGACGGAAUGGGAUAACCUGAUUGGACAUUAUCACCAGGUGCUUAUGAGCCGUUUUGAGGAACUCGGAGGUUCUAAAGAUUUUAUUACUUUAGAUGAAAUGACUAAGUGUCUAGAAAAACACGCAUUAGUUGGAGUGGCAAGGGUUUUAGACUGUAGCGUGAUGGCCAUGCUCAACGACGAUGAGGUAGUCGACAUUGAUACGCUGAAGGGCGAAGAUGCGGUUCCUUUGGAAGAUGUUUGGAUUCUUCCCGAAUUUAAUAAAGACAGAAAUGAAAAGCUGGCUUUUAUUGUGAAACACUGUGUGGACAAAGGAUAUAUUCCAUAAAAAAUGCGAAAUUCUACCACAAUUUUUUCUAUAUAGGUAUACAAUAUAUAAAUAACAGUUUAUAUACCGUUUGUUGCAUCGCCGCACCGGUCUAGAAUAGGAAACCCUAUGUGAAUUUUAUAAACAAUAAAUAAAAGUUCCCCAUUUUAUUUUACAGAAAAAAUUAUCUGAAACUUA